CUACCUCAGGAAGGAAAGCUGUCAUCAACAUUAUGUUCACCGCAGCCCCGUCCUCUGCGUCUCCCAGGUUAUUUCCCUGCCAGCCUGAUUCCUUCCUGCCAAGCAAAUUUCCUCCAUUUGCAUCUUCCAGUUUGUUGAUUUGCAGAGUUCCUUAGACUCUUCUCACUUGGCGCGCGGUCGCUCGUCUGCGUAGGCGGACAAAAAACUCCUGCAAAGCCUCCAAAGAUGCACCUGGAUAGGUGAGAGGAGGCGCCGAUCCAGGGGUGAAAGCGCCCGGGCGUUUUAAAGAGCGCGUCUUUCUCUCGCCGGGAGUCCGCUCCUUUUGCGCAGAUCGCCCUCCGAUGCAAUUAACGCAGGAAGGCGACUUUGUCAAGGGGGACUCAACGCCGACCACCGCCGCUCUCCAGGCCGACGGCCGCGCCGGAUCUCCGGCCAACAUGUGCAGUGAAUGUUACGUGAAUCAGUCAUUCGUGAACGAUGACGGGACCGUGAGCGACCACAAGCCGCGCUCCUCUUCGGCACCGCUCCGGACCAACAGCAACAGAAGCGGCGUCAUCUUGGACAUCUCCAGCCUUAAGAUGGAGCAGGUGGAGAGCGAGGUGCCUCCGCUGCCUCCGCGCUUCCGCUUCAGGGACCUGCUGCUCGGGGAUCAGACCUUCCAGAACGAUGACAGGGUGCAGGUGGAGUUUUAUGUGAAUGAAAACACCUUCAAGGAGCGUCUGAAACUUUUCUUCAUCAAAAACCAAAGAUCAAGCCUCAGGAUUCGGGUGUUCAACUUCUCGCUGAAGCUGCUCACUUGUCUGCUGUACAUCAUCAGAGUGGUGACGGAUAACCCGGGUCAGGGAGCCAGCGCUGCAGGACAGCAAAGUGCUCCCAGUGGCACCAGCAAAUGCGUGGACUGCCAGUGGAACGGAUCUGUGCAGGACAGGGAAAUUAGCUGGGAGUUGAUCUUCUGGGUGGACAGAAAGGUUCCCGUCUGGGCCAUUCAAGUGAUUGUGGCCAUCAUUAGUUUCCUGGAGACUAUGCUGCUUAUGUAUCUGAGCUACAAGGGGAACAUUUGGGAGCAGAUAUUCCAGGUGUCCUUUCUGUUGGAGAUGAUAAACACGGUGCCCUUCAUCAUCACGAUCUUCUGGCCUUCGAUAAGGAACAUCUUCAUUCCUGUGUUUCUCAACUGCUGGCUCGCAAAAUGUGCUCUGGAGAACAUGAUUAAUGACGUCCACAGGGCGAUCCAGCGCACAAACUCAGCCAUGUUCAACCAGGUCCUCAUUCUCAUCUGUACCUUACUCUGCCUGGUCUUCACUGGCACGUGUGGAAUCCAGCACCUGGAGCGAGCGGGCAAGAACCUGUCCCUCUUCAACUCCUUCUACUUCUGCAUCGUCACGUUUUCCACCGUGGGCUUCGGCGACGUGACCCCCCGCAUAUGGCCGUCCCAGCUGCUGGUGGUCAUCAUGAUCUGCGUGGCCCUGGUGGUGCUGCCCCUGCAGUUUGAGGAGCUGAUCUACCUGUGGAUGGAGAGGCAGAAGUCUGGGGGGAACUACAGCCGCCACAGAGCCCAGACGGAGAAGCACGUCGUCUUGUGUGUCAGCGCUUUAAAGAUAGACCUGCUCAUGGAUUUUCUCAAUGAAUUCUACGCCCACCCCAGACUCCAGGAUUACUAUGUGGUGAUCCUGUGCCCAAGUGAAAUGGACCUUCAGGUGCGGCGGGUCCUGCAGAUCCCUCUGUGGUCACAAAGGGUCAUCUAUCUUCAAGGGUCGGUUCUCAAAGACCAGGACCUGCUGCGAGCAAAAAUGGACGAUGCGGAGGCUUGUUUCAUUCUGAGCAGCCGUAACGAGGUGGAUCGCAUGGCAGCGGAUCAUCAGACCAUUCUGAGAGCCUGGGCCGUGAAGGACUUUGCUCCAAACUGUCCUCUUUAUGUCCAGAUCCUCAAACCUGAAAACAAGUUCCACGUUAAAUUUGCAGAUCAUGUUGUGUGUGAGGAGGAGUUUAAAUACGCUAUGCUGGCUCUCAACUGUGUUUGUCCGGCCACCUCCACCUUGGUUACUCUCCUCGUACACACCUCCCGUGGACGAGAAGGACAGCAGUCCCCGGAGCAGUGGCAGCGGAUGUACGGCUGCUGCUCGGGCAACGAGGUCUACCACAUCCGACUGAGCGACAGCAAGUUCUUUGGGGAGUAUAACGGGAAAAGCUUCACCUACGCAUCCUUUCACGCUCACAAGAAGUAUGGCGUGUGUCUGAUCGGCAUCAAGAGGGAGGACAAUAAGAGCAUCCUGCUGAACCCCGGCCCACGCCACAUCAUGGCCGCCGCAGACACCUGCUACUACAUCAACAUCACCAAGGAGGAGAACUCCGCCUUCAUCUUCAAUCAGGAGGAGAAGAAGGGCCGCCCAGCAGGGGGCCUGUACGACGGGCCGUCACAGCUUCCUGUGCACAGCAUCAUCGCUAGCAUGGGUACUGUCGCCAUGGACCUUCAGAACGCGAGCCCUCCCGACGUCCCCGGUGGCAAACUGGUCCCGCCCACGGUGAACGGGACCGGGGGCCGACGGCCGAGCAUCGCUCCCGUGCAGGAGCUCGCGGACUCGUCGUCGAUCCUGCCGUGCGACCUCCUCAGCGACCAGUCGGAAGAUGACUCGGUCUUCACAGACGAGAAGGGCCACUCGUCCACAGAGUAUGUGAAGGGUUACCCCCCCAACUCGCCGUACAUCGGGAGCUCGCCCACUUUGUGCCAUCUGCUGGCUGAGAAGGCCCCGUUCUGCUGCCUACGACUGGACCAGGGCUGCAGACACAACAGCUUUGAGGAUGCCAAGGCUUAUGGGUUCAAGAACAAACUCAUCAUCGUGUCUGCGGAGACCGCGGGGAACGGCCUCUAUAACUUCAUAGUGCCUCUGAGAGCUUAUUACAGACCCAGGAAGGAGCUCAACCCAAUUGUCCUACUGCUGGACAACCCGCCCGAUAAUCACUUCCUGGAGGCCAUUUGCUGCUUCCCUAUGGUCUACUACAUGGCCGGGACCAUAGACAACCUGGACAACCUGCUGCAGUGCGGCAUCAUCUACGCUGAUAAUUUGGUUGUGGUGGAUAAAGAGAGCACCAUGAGCGCCGAGGAGGACUACAUGGCUGACGCCAAAACCAUCGUCAAUGUACAAACUAUGUUCAGGUUGUUUCCCAGUCUCAGCAUCAUCACAGAGCUUACUCAUCCGUCCAACAUGAGAUUCAUGCAGUUCAGGGCAAAGGACUGCUAUUCCCUGGCUCUCUCCAAGCUGGAGAAGAAAGAACGUGACAAAGGCUCCAACUUGGCUUUCAUGUUUCGCCUGCCCUUCGCUGCAGGCAGAGUGUUCAGUAUCAGCAUGCUGGACACCCUGCUCUAUCAGUCUUUUGUGAAGGAUUACAUGAUCCUGAUUGCGAGGCUGCUCCUGGGACUGGACACCACGCCCGGGUCAGGAUACCUCUGUGCCAUGAAAGUGACUGAGGAGGACCUGUGGAUUGGCACUUAUGGCAGACUCUUCCAGAAGCUCUGCUCCUCCAGCGCUGAAAUCCCCAUUGGGAUUUAUCGGACCGAGUCGCACAUUUUCACGACGUCUGAGUCGCAGGUGUCUAUGAGCGUCGACGACUGCGAGGACACCAAGGAGAGGGGGGGCGAGUCUCGCAGCGUGGACCAACCGGAGCACCCCCUGCUGAGGAAGAAGAGCAUGCAGUGGGCGCGGCGCCUGAGCAAGAAGAGCGUCCGGUGGCAGGGCGUGAGCUCCAGCAAGGAGCACGCCCAGCGCAUCGCCCAGCAGCGCCUCAACCUCUACCGCCGCUCCGAGAGGGAGGAGCUGUCCGAGCUGGUCCGCAACCGCAUGAGGCACCUGGGCCUCCCCACGUCAGGAUAUGAAGACCUAACAAAUCUGACGGCCAGUGACGUCAUGAACAGAGUGAACCUGGGCUACCUGCAAGAUGAACAGAAUGAUCAACAAAACACACUGUCGUACGUCCUGAUUAACCCUUCGCCCGACACCAGGCUGGAGCUCAAUGACAUCGUGUACCUGAUUCGCUCCGACCCUCUGGCUCACGUCCCCGACGAGCCUCCCGUCCACAGCAGCAGCCUGAAGGAAAGACACGAGUCCAGCAUAGACACCAGAGAGGACACGCAGCUCUGAGGCCGUGCUGACCUGCACCGCUUCCCGCGGUGUCACACGCUUGAUCAUGGCGUCUGGUCGCGUCCACACAGGGCACCUUGUGCUCCAGUGCCCCAGCACUACAGUCUACCACUGUAUUAUAUGAGUGCCUACUGAUCGGCAGAUGACGCUUGACGUCAUCUGUGACAUUUUCAUUCCCUCGCUACUGUAUGUAAGAAUAGCAACCUCAUCUCUGCGAAGCCUCUCCAGGUAAACGCUCAUGGAGCAGCCUGUUUACAGGUGAAUCCAUCUAACUGAAGGUCCGUCACACAUACAGCGUUGGGUCUGUGUUUCAGAGUUUAUGUUUGAGUUUGAAUUACAGAAUUACCCUUUAAAUUUAGGCAAAAGUUUGAUAUCAUGUCAUAGAUUUUGGGGGCUACAGAGACUUGAGACCCGUCAUUUAUUAACCUCACCCACACAUAUCGUUCACACUUGCCUUUUUCCAUAAAUUCCUUUUCUUUUGAAAACUAACAGCCAUCAACACUAUAACCUAAAUGAAAUACUUUUAUUCAAAGCUUUUGGAGCUAAUUUUUGAUGCUGAAUCAUAUCCGUGGUUAUUUAGUGGCGUAGAGGUCCUAAUUAGUAGGUUAUGUACAAACAAUGGUGAUUACUUUCUUUAUAUGUUUGCUGCAGUAUUUCUUGGGUUGGAUGAAGUUUUUGCACUACAACAGCGUAGUUCGGCCGUUUAAACUGGCCCCGUCUUAUAGUAAGUAUUGUGCCAUUAAAAUUGGACCUAUAUUAGUAAGAAAACCCGAUUUUCCUUGAAGCACUGCUCAGUGACUGAACUUAUUAUUCAGAUUUGUGGCUGACGAGGGUAUGUACUUGUAAAAUUCUAUAUCCUGUAAACAACCAUUUUUGACUGUGACUCUUUGACUUCAUAAAUAUUUAAGUGGU